AUGCACUUUCCCCGUGUUGGCAUCACCCUUCUCCGCUUCCCGGUUAUUCCAGUGCCUGCCUUCCCCCCGUUUCUGGCUUCAAACUGUUUUCUGGUUGAUCUUUCAAUAGCUCUUCUGUGGGUUUGGUUCACCCUCUGGGUCGUCGUGCUGCCCUUUAUUGACAGCGACCACGGCAUCCACCGGUACUUCUUGCCUCGGGAGUACGCGGUGAUCAUCCCCAUGGUGGCCGGGCUGCUGCUGCUGCUAUUUAUAGGGGUUUUUAUCAUGGUCGUGAUGUGGAAGAGCAGGAAACCUGCCAAGAAAUCGGACUGA